AUGAGCCACCCUGUCGUCCCUGUGGGGGUCGGUUUCGGUUAUGUCGCCGCUCCAGGCCCCCUGACCUACGCCAGCACCCCGGGCUUCGCCCCGGUGGUUGCAGCCGCUCCAGCGGUAGCCCGCGUUGAUACAUAUCACGCUGCACCAGCAGUCACUGCUGUUGCUGCUGCCCCAGCAACCACUGUCACGAAAGUGGACACCUACCACGCUGCGCCUGCAGUCGCUAGCGUCGCCACUGCUUCGGUUGCGGCUGCCGCACCGGCUGCCGCUGUGACCAAGGUCGACACUUACCACGCAACGCCAGCUGUCACUAAGGUAACGACAGUCGAAACCGCACCAGCUGUUGCGAAGGUAGCCACCGUUCAAGCAGCACCGUCGGUUACGCGAGUGGACACCACCUAUCACGCCACCCCUGCCGUUGCCAAGGUGGCCACCGUUCACGCAGCUCCAUCUGUGACCCGCGUUGACACCUACAAUGCUGCUCCAGCUGUGGCCACCGUUGCUGCUGCCCCAGUAGUGGCCGCCGCUCCAGCCCUAGCCGGGGUUGCUGCUCUUACUCACGCCUUCCCGGCGGUUCCUGCGUACCACGCUGCUCCACUAGUGGCUGCCGCCACCCCAGUGUAUGGAUACGGCGUCGGCACUUUGGGCUACGGCCUAGGACAGUAUGGCUUCGGAUAUGGCCUUGGCGCCUACGGCCUCAACUACGGCUAUGGCCUUGGCACUCCUUUCCACUAUGCCAACGUCCUUCUCCGUAAGAAGAAGUGUAAGUAUGAUAACUAA